AUGCUGGCCAAGCGCCUCCUCGGGCAGCUCCUCCGCAGACACAGUAAGGGGAGGGGAGCGAGGGGCUGCGGAGAUAUUAACCCUGGCGCCGCAGCACAAUCCGGAGAGGGGCAGUACGGCCCGGGGUGCGGAAGCGAGUUGCAGCCUGGUUUUGCAGGACCAAGGCGGGGGUUGCAGGGCGCCGAUGCUGCCGGGCCGGGGGAGUUGCAGGUUCCAGUGCGGCAGGCUCUGAGGGGCGGGGUAGAGGUUUUGCACGGCGACCCCGCCGUGUCCCCCAGCAAGAGGCUCAAGGCCUCGGAGCCUGACCUGCGGCUCCGCUUCGCCAAGCUCUCCGAGAACGCGUCCGCCCCGUCCCGGGGCUCGGCCCGCGCAGCUGGCUACGACCUAUACAGUGCCUAUCACUAUGUGAUUCCUGCUAUGGAAAAGGCCAUAGUGAAAACUGACAUUCAGAUCUCCCUCCCUUCUGGAUGUUAUGGAAGAGUAGCCCCACGUUCUGGAUUAGCUGCAAAACACUUCAUAGAUGUUGGUGCUGGGGUCAUUGAUGAAGAUUACAGAGGAAAUGUUGGUGUUGUACUUUUUAAUUUCGGCAAGGAAGAUUUUGAAGUUAAAAAAGGAGACAGAAUUGCUCAGCUGAUCUGUGAACGCAUCUUCUAUCCUGAGCUGGAGGAAGUUCAAGUUCUGGAUGACACUGAACGUGGUACAGGUGGCUUCGGUUCCACUGGCCAGAAUUGAAGAGAGAUGUUAGAUGUAAUAAAUUCUUACUGUAUUUGGAUUUUAUUGAUUAAAGGUU